CCUUCCUUUCCUCAGGAGAGGAAACAUUCUGUUGAAGUGUGUCACGGCCGUUCAGAAUCCUGCAUGUUUCAAUAAGAUUACUUCUCGGUCUUCUAAACUCCAAUUUAUCGCCAUGGAGACCGCUCACCAAUCAAUAAAUACCCUACAGAUCCAUACACGGAGGAGGACUGGCCACAAGGCUUUGGGCAGCUUACUCAGGUUGGGAUGAGGCAGCAGUAUGAGCUGGGCCAGUUUCUGCGAGAACGUUAUAAAGAUUUCCUCAACUCCUCGUACGACCGGCAAGAGAUUUAUGUUCGGAGUACAGAUAUCGACCGAACUCUAAUGAGUGCUCAGGCAAAUCUCGCUGGUCUGUACCCUCCACAUGGACAUCAGAUCUUCCGACCUGACCUUAACUGGCAGCCCAUCCCUGUGCAUACAGUGCCCUUGAAAUAUGAAAAACUCCUCAGGUUCCCAUUAUCAAACUGCCCUCGCUAUGAGAAGCUGUUGAAGGAGUCACUGAACAGCAAAAGAAUUGAGAAAACGGUGGAAGAAAAUCAGGACUUUCUGGACAUGGUAUCUGAAAAGAUCAAGCUGAAGGUGAUCUUCAAUAAUGUGUGGAAACUAUAUGAUACCCUGUUUUGUGAAAAAAUUCAUAAUUUCACUCUGCCUUCCUGGGUGACACCGGAAGUGAUUGCUCGUCUGAAAUAUCUGAACGACUUGGGCAUGGAAGUCCUCUUCGGCCUGUCUGGAAUGCAGGAGAAAUCACGGCUUCAAGGCGGCUUGCUCCUCAAACAAAUCCUCGAAAAUGUUACUCGUUCAAUAAAUGAGACCAAUUCCACUCCCCGUCUCAAAAUGAUCAUGUACUCAGCGCAUGAUACAACACUUAUAGCACUUCAGAUGGCAUUGAAUGUGUACUCUGGCAUCACUCCUCCCUAUGCUUCCUGUUACAUGUUUGAGCUGUACCAGGAGAAUGAUGGGUCAUUCACAUUGGACAUGUACUUCAGGAAUGACACUAGUAUUGAGCCUCAUUUGCUUGCUCUGCCAUCCUGCUCUGAGCACUGUGCCUUACAAAAGUUUAUCCAAAACACCAAGGAUCUGAUCUCUGACAAUCGAGAUGAGGAAUGCAAGUUUGCCAGUCAAGCCAGCUCGAGUAUUCUGACAGACUGCCUGAGGAGUCGAUGCGUAUAUAGAGCACUUCUAAGAAGAAUCGAGCUGCAAUUAACUUCCAGGUCAGACCGUGAACUGCUCGACCAUGUCCUGAAGCAAACCAGGUACUACAGCGACAUCACCUUCCUUAGCACCUGCCUACGGAACCAGAUCAUCCCCAAUGGACUACAAUCCACAUUCAAGCCUUCCCAAUUUGGCCCCAACCGUGACAAUAUCUACACUCAUGGCAUUGAGAUCCUUCAGAAGCGUUUCUCCCUGCGACUCCUGAAACACACACUUGCAGCAAUGCGCCGGCAUCUCCAGGCACUACAAUCAAGCCUACCCCAGCUCAGAGCCUCCCUCUCCCAGACCUGCAAAGGACCUCUCCUGUUUUUCAUUCUUCGUAGGAUCCACAACCUGAACUCACAAUUCUACUCAGCUUUAUUGGACACUAAAAACUAGAGGAUUGUGAUUGCGGUAUUGUCCGUCUGCCUGCUGUUGCUGAUCAUGGCGCUGAUCGUCCAACACUGCUUCUGGAAGCGGAAGACACACCAUCACAGAGUUCCUUCCAAUAGUGAGGAGCUGGCCUGACAGUCAGUGACAUUGCUGCCACACCCCAGCUCGUAGGAAGAUUGACUGAUUCAACCACUUGCCUGCCAACCUGUCACAUUUCUAAUUACUGACUGGUAGGGGGCCAGCUUGCUUGGAAUUGAGUGUUUUGCAUUUAGCUAAGAAAUUUGUUUUGUUUAAUGAUUGUCAUUGAGGUAGUGGGAUGCAUUCCUUAUUUUUGUAACUGGUGAUUGGACCAACCCUCCAAUGCCACCCCCCUCCGGCUCCACACUCUGUUGCUGACCGCCCCCUGCCCCCACCCCACCUCCGCCAGUUCUGUGGGGAGCCUUAUGUAGCACUAGUUGCCACAGGUUGUUGCUUUCAUACCUUCUGUCCUCUCUGCCAUAAAGACUGCUUAUUUUCACCUCUCUUAACAUUGCCUUUCUCUCCCUUUGUCUCAGCUUUUCUGGUACAGGAUCCCCUCACCCAGUGCCUUCAACAUUACCAGCUCCAUCUAUUCUGAUGCACUUCUGUGUGAUUUUGGGGUCUACUAAUGCCUUGAAUUUGCAGUUUCUCAUCCCUUUGUGUGAACUACUUAAUGGCAUCUUUCCCCUUCCUAUGUCUGUAACUUCCUCAAGCCCAACAACCCCAAAAAUCCCAGCUGUCCAUUUCUUACUUUGUCCCUUUGAGUAUCCUUCCUGCAUUUUCCUCCUAGUUGGGGUUGUAUAUUCAAACACCAAGACCCUGUGUCCUGGAGUUUCCUUCUAAACAUUGUCUCCUGAAAAAUGAUUGCUUUCACUUACAUAGAACAUAGAACAGUACAGCACAGUACAGGCCCUUCGGCCCAUGAUGUUGUGCCGACCUAUAUCCUACUAAGUUCAAACUACCCUGCAUACACUACGUCAUCCAUGUGCCUAUCCAAGAGUCACUUAAAACUGUCUAAAAUAUCUGACUCCACUACCACUGCCAGCAGCGCAUUCCACAUGCCCACCACUCUCUGUGUAAAGAACAUACCUCUGACAUCUCCCCUAUACCUUCCUCCAAUCACCUUAAAAUUAUGCCCCCUCAUAAUAGUCAUUUCCACCCUGCGAAAAAGUCUUUGACUAUCCACUCUAUCUAUGCCUCUCAUCAUCUUGUACACCUCUAUCAAGUCACCUCUCAUCCUUCUUUGCUCCAAUGAGAACAGCCCUAGCUCCCUCAACCUUUCCUUGUAGGACCCACCCUCCAUCCAGGCAGCUUCCUGCUAAAUCUCCUCUGCACCCUCUCUAAAGCUUCCACAUCUUUCCUAUAAUGAGGCAAGCAGAACUGAACACAAUAUUCCAAGUGUUGUCUAACCAGGGUUUUAUAGAGCUGCAGUAUAACCUCACAGCUCUUAAACUCAAUUCCCCUGCCAAUGAAAGCCAACACACCAUAUGCCUUCUUAACAACCCUAUCAACUUGGGUGGCAACUUUGAGGGAUCUAUGGACUUAGACCCCAAGAUCCCUCUGUUCCUCCACACUGCCAAGAAUCCUGCCAUUAAACCUGUAUUCUGCAUUCAAAUUCACCCUUGCAAACUGCAUCACUUCGCACUUUUCCGGGUUGAAUUCCAUGUGCCACUUCUUUGCCCAGCUCUGCAUCCUAUCAAUAUCCCAUUGCAACCUACAACAGCCCUCCACACUAUCCACAACUCCACCAACCUUCGUGUCAUUGGCAAACUUACUAACGCACCCUUCCACUUCCUCAUCCAAGUCAUUUGUAAUGAUCACAAAGAGCAGAGGUCCCAGGACAGAUCCCUGUGAAACACCACUGGUCACCGAGCUCCAGGCUGAAUAUUUUCCAUCUACUACCACCCUCUGCCUUCUAUUCGACAGCCAGUUUUGUAUCCAGACAGCCUAAUUUCCCUGAAUGCCCCAUGCCUCCUACUUUCUGAACGAGCCUACCUUGGGAACCUUAUCAAAUGUCUUGCUAAAAUCCAUAUACACCACAUCCAUUGCUCUCCCCUCAUCAGUGUGUUUUGUCGCAUCCUCAAAGAAUUCAAUAAGGCUUGUGAGGCAUGCUGACUGACUAACUAACUAAUGUUUGAUCCCUCCUUGUAAAACUUCCUCUGGCUGAGAUCUCCCUCAGGACACAGUGGAGUUGGACUUUAACUUUGGAUGUGGCACGUGCUGUGUAAGUGCUGGUUGUCGGAUCUGCAGUGUUCAGUGAACUUCGCUGUGGAUCUUGGUCAUGCUUCACAGAACUAAUUCUCCAACAAGCCUCUGAAGGGGUUAGAGUGAAAGCGAUAUUUGUACAUGACUUUUCUAACAGAUUGUAGGUGCAUGCAGCUUGAUUUGACACAUUUAACAAAGGCCACGAUUUUAACUUUGCUGAAGGAGGAAUCUAACAAUAUACUGGGGAAACGUGUUUGAGCAGGAACCGAAAAGUUGAGCUGAAAGACUAGCUCCUUGCUUAUCCCAAGGGUGUGAACAUUUAUUCAAACUGUUAGCAGUUGCUUUCUGUAGUUUUCCCUUUGUGCCAUUUUGUUUCAGCAUCUUUAAGGAGACUUGGUUACUUGGGAACAGCCUGCCCUAACACCAAUAACUAGCCCUUUUUGCACUCCCCUGUCCCCUAUUCCUGACUGAAGAGGAAAACCAGGGUUCAGCUUGAUGCCUCUCUGACCUGGCCCAGUGCAGUAAUGGGCAUAUACCGUGGGCAUAUACUGUGCAUGAGCUUGUGGGGAACUAGCCCCUUCUGGGAUCCUACUGUACGUUGUGUGAAAGGAGUAUGUUGCAAUUAUACUGUUGCUGUUAGAUUGCAGCACUUUGGCAAUGCCUCUCACAUACUCUGGAACUGAAGUCAGGACUCCAGACUCUCUCUCUUAUUCAGCACUCAGCUGUUCCUGGUUGGCCAGUGGAUUAAUCUACUCUGAACAGUAUGUCUGAGUGCUUGGAGCUCUGUCACUGUUCCAUAUCAUAACUAAUUCUCCAGUAUCUACAGUUCUUUGUUUAUUUUAGUUUGUCUACUAUGACCUUUCUGCAAUUGUAUUCUUGUCACUGUGGCUCAGUCAGAUGUUGUAAAAGAUUACAUUGUUGUUCUUAAUCAUGUUACAUGCCAUAACACUAGCUGAUUUAUUAAUCAAAGAGUAGUUGAUCCAAUAAAUAGAUUAUUUUGAUAAUUAAAAUAAUAAAUGGGAUCUCAAUAAGACCAAAAGUAGGCCAUUCAGACAAAUGAGUCUACACUGCCAUUCAAUGAGAUAGAACAUAGAACAGUACAGCACAGUACAGGCCCUUCAGGCCACAAUGUUGUGCCGAACUUUUCCCCUAAUCCUAAGGUCUAUCUAACCUCCACCCCUACCUUAUACUAUCAUCCAUAAAUGGCUAAAGAUCAUGGCUAAUCUGAUAAUUUUCAUAUCCACUUUCCUGCUUUCUCCCCAUAACUUUGAUUCCUUUACUGGUUAAAAGCCUGUCUAUCUCCACUUUGAAUAUACUUAAGAACGCAGCCUUGACAGCUGUCUGCGGUGAAGUAUUCCUCAGAUUCAAAACCCUUUGAGAGUAGAAUUCCCUCCUGUUCUUUAAUGUGUGACCCCUUUAUUCUGAGAUUAUGCCCUCUGGUCCUAGACUCUGCCACAAGAGGGGAAAAACAUUCCACAUCUACCCUGCCAAAUCCCCUAAGAAUCUUAUAUGUUUCAAUGAGGUCACCUCUCAUUCUUAUAAACGCCAACAAAUAAAGGCCCAACUUACUUAGUCUCCUCAUAAGACCCUCCUAUCCAGUAUCAACCUAGUGAACUUUCUCUGAAAUGCCUCCAAUACCAGUAUAUCUUUCUUUAGAUAAGGGGACCAAAACUGUUCACAGUAUUCCAGCUGUGGUCUGACUCGUGCCUUGUAGUCUUAGCAAAACCUCCUUAUUUUUGUACUUCAUUCCCUUUGAAAUAAAGGUCAAUAUUCCAUUUGCACUUCUUAGAUACAUACAAAGAAAUUAUUACCUCUGUCAAUGAGUUCAGAACAAGUGCCAGAAUCUUAAAAUUGAAGCUAAGCUUUCUACAGUGAAUUAUGUUUACUUAGAGAGGGGAGUGGAUACCUUAACUCUCCCCCAAAAAGCUUUUGAUGUAUACAUCAAUUAGACCUUUCAAAACUGUAAUCGUUAGUUCGCCAUUGGCUGACGUUAUCAAGGGGGUAAAAGUGAGUAAACCGAGUUCAGGUACAGAUUAGCCAUGAAGCUCCAAGUGGCCUGUUUCUGCUCCCACGCUUAAAGAUUUUAAUCGCACAUACCACUCCCAUUUGCCAUUUACUGUUCCUCAAUAAAGUCCUCGAGUGUGUUGUCAGCUCCCAAUCUUUAACUCCACAGUUGAACCUGACCACUGGCUUUAUGCUUUGUCACAGCAAGAAACAGCCCUAAGUCAGAAAUUAUAUCCUCUGUGACUGACCAAGGUAAACUACCCUUCCUCAUCCUUCUCAGCAGCAUUCACAUAAUUGAUCACAUCAUCUUUCAUUUUCACUUGUACUCUAUCACCCUAUGGAGGGAUUCACUCGCUUGAUUCUAUCCAAAUCUAUUCAGUCACACAUCUAGCCAUCCAUUAUUGAAAACUUUGCCAAAAUCUUUGCUACCUUGACUAUUCAAAUACAUCACAAACUUGAGCUCAUCUAAAUCUGCUGUUCCAACUCACACCCAUCCUGUGCUCCCAAUCCAACAAUAUCUCUAUUAAAAAAAAUUGCAUCCUUGUGUUAAAAUCCCAUUUCAUGCUAACCUCAUCCAGUCCCACAAACUUUCUUCACUAUUUUACCAACUCAGGGCUAUUUUUUUAAUCAUCCAGCUCUCUUUGUCUUACCGUUGACAGCCCUGUUUCUAAACUUUUGAGAUUUCCUCUCCAAACCUCUGGACCUUGCAAACUCUCUCACUACCUUUAAGAUGGUUCUUAAGACCUACCUUUUGGAUAUUUGAACCUUCCCUCCAGGUUUUGUGUUCUCACCACUUUUCUGCUUGCUCCUUUCCAUGGAGCAGGCUUUUUUUCAAGUUGACAAAAAUAUUGAAGUAUUAAUUGCAAAGUUAGUUUAAAUGAACUAUUUGUCGCUAUCACAUCUUUUUAAUUGAUGAAUCAUUAAGCUUAAUUGCACUUCAAGAAUGCUAAUUGGCAUACCUUUGACGAUUGUCACAUGUUUGGCUGGUGCCGUUUUCUGAGCCCAUCACAGCUCCACAGAUAAUGUCUGAUAGCCUACCCCAGCCAGAGAUAAAUAUCCAGAAAGGCACAAUGUGAUAGCAAUAUAUCAUGCUUUUUUUAUUUUUGUAUUCAAGGAGCUUCAUGUUAUUAAUGUUGUAAUUCAAUGAAAUCUGGUGUAUUGCACUAUGCUGCUGGUCAACAGUUAAACUUUUAAUAAUACCUGAUUUAUACAUCCUA